UGAAAGUGUGUGUACUUGAAUGAGGGAGUGAGCCAGCCGUGCAUUCCUGGGUGUGCUCGAUGUUGUUGAAUAUGCUUAUCAGUGUGCCUCGAGGAUCGACUGGGCCAAAGAGACGCGGCACGCAGAACGGAAACGGCUUCUGGCUCUGGUGCUGGACUGCCGGGAGAGUGAUCCCAGGGCCCAGUGCCUUAAGGGCCCACAAAGGAGUGUGUGUACAAACCCAGGUGUCUACUCUAAAGGGAUUCUGGACAUUUUAAUUGAUCCGACUGGAGUACAGAGGGAGCACAAAGGGCUAAUGAUGCCUCUGAAUCGGCGCCUUUCUGGGGUUCCCGUGCCGCAGCACUAGUGGGUGAUUCGAGGGUCGCGGCGCCCCCUGUCCGCUUCCCAGAAGGUUUCGGGGUUCGCAGUCCCUGCCCAGGUUCUCCAGACCUCCGCAUUUGCGGCCGAGGACCGGCAGGAGGCGCCCCCCACCUUUGGAACGCGAGGCCGCUGCUCGGGCUCCUGACGUCAGGGCUCCGGCUCCGGCUCCAGCGCCCGCUCCGGACUCAGUGCCAGUCCCGGCUCCGCUCCGGCUCUGGCGGCUCGGGAGGCUCCGGGGUUCCGGGCUACGCUCCUUCCCCGUGGCCCCGGGGCCCCGAGGCUGGCGCACGAUGACCGGAGCCCAGGCGUUCAUUCUGGCGCUCACCUUUCAGCUCUGCGCUCUAGAAAGCGAGACUCCCACAGCCGGCUGCUCUUUCGAUGAGGAUGGAGAUCCAGUGGCACCAUGUGAAUAUAGUCAGGCCCAGUAUGAUGAUUUCCAGUGGGAGCGAGUACGAAAUGAUGCUGGCACCCGGUCCCCACCUGACCUGCCUCAUGGUUCGUACCUGAUGGUCAACUCCUCCCAGCAUGCUCCAGGUCAGCGGGCCCAUGUGGUCUUCCAGAGCCUGAGUGAGAAUGACACCCACUGCUUACAGUUCAGCUACUUCCUCUAUAGUCGUGACGGGCACAGCCCUGGAGCCCUCGGAGUCUACGUACGAGUCAAUGGAGGCCCCUUGGGCAGCGCCGUCUGGAACAUGUCUGGCUCUCAUGGCCGUCAGUGGCACCAGGCUGAGCUGGCAGUCAGCACCUUCUGGCCCAAUGAGUACCAGGUGCUCUUUGAGGCUGUCAUCUCCACUGACCGCCGAGGCUACAUGGGCCUGGAUGACAUUCUGCUCUUCAGCUACCCGUGUGCAAAGGCUCCUCACUUCUCCCGGCUGGGUGAUGUGGAGGUCAACGCAGGUCAGAAUGCCACCUUCCAGUGCAUGGCGGCUGGCCGGGCCUCGGAGGCUGAGCAGUUUCUGUUGCAGCGCCAAGGUGGUUUGAUGGUCCCCGCUGCCUCUGUGAAGCACAUCAGUCACCGUCGCUUCCUGGCCACCUUCCAGCUGCCUGAAGUAGGGAGGGGGGAACAGGACCUCUAUCGCUGCGUGUCCCAGGCCCCUCGGGGGGCAGGAGUCUCCAACUUUGCAGAGCUCAUUGUUAAGGAGCCCCCCACACCCAUCGCACCUCCCCAGCUGCUCCGGGCUGGCUCCACCUACCUCAUCAUUCAGCUCAACACCAACUCCAUCAUUGGGGAUGGCCCCAUUGUGCGCAAGGAGAUUGAAUAUCGCAUGUCUCGGGGCCCGUGGGCUGAGGUACACGCAGUCAGCAUGCAGACCUACAAACUGUGGCAUCUGGAUCCCGACACCGAAUAUGAGAUCAGCGUGCUGCUCACUCGGCCUGGUGAAGGGGGCACUGGAAAGCCCGGCCCUGCCCUCGUCAGCAGGACCAAAUGUGCAGAGCCCAUGAAAGCUCCCAAGGGUCUCGCCUUCUCUGAGAUCCAGUCUCGCCAGCUCACCCUACAGUGGGAACCUCUUGGCUACAAUGUCACCCGCUGCCACACCUACACUGUGUCCUUGUGCUACCGUUACACCGUGGGCAGCAGCCACAACCAGACCUUUCGGGAGUGUGUGAAGAUGGAACGAGGCACCAACCGCUACACCAUCAAAAACCUGCUGCCCUACAGGAACAUCCAUGUACGGCUCAUCCUGGCCAACCCCGAGGGAAGGAAAGAGGGCAAGGAGGUCAUUUUCCAGACCGAUGAAGAUGUUCCUGGAGGCAUCUCAGCAGAGUCACUGACCUUCACCCCUUUGGAGGAUAUGAUAUUUCUGAAGUGGGAAGAGCCCUUGGAACCCAAUGGCCUCAUCACCCAAUAUGAGAUUAGCUAUCAGAGCAUUGAGUCAUCAGAUCCUGCAGUGAAUGUGCCUGGCCCCAGGCGCACAGUCUCCAAGCUCCGAAAUGAGACCUACCAUGUGUUCUCCAACCUGCAUCCGGGUACCACAUACCUGUUUUCUGUGAGGGCAAGGACCGGCAAGGGCUUUGGCCAGACGGCACUCACUGAGAUCACCACUAACAUCUCUGCUCCAAGCUUUGACUAUGGGGACAUGCCUUCCCCAUUGGGAGAGUCAGAGAGCACCAUCACAGUUCUGCUGAGGCCAGCCCAGGGACGUGGGGCCCCCAUCAGUGUAUACCAGGUCAUAGUGGAAGAGGACCGUGCCCGGAGGAUGAAACGGGAGCCUGGUGGUCAGGACUGCUUCCCGGUGCCACUGACCUUUGAUGCUGCACUCGCUCGGGGUGCGGUCCACUAUUUUGGGGCAGAGCUGCCAGCCAGCAGCCUUCUAGAAGCCACACCUUUCACUGUGGGGGACAACCAGACUUACCGGGGCUAUUGGAAUCCACCGUUGGAGCCCAAGAAGGCAUAUCUCAUCUACUUCCAGGCCACAAGCCACUUGAAGGGGGAAACCCGACUAAACUGUAUUCGGAUUGCUCGCAAAGCUGCCUGCAAGGAAAGUAAGCGGCCCCUCGAGGUAUCACAGCACUCAGAGGAAAUGGGUCUGAUUCUAGGGGUCUGCGCUGGAGGCCUUGUGGUCCUCAUCAUCCUCUUGGGGGCCAUCAUUAUCAUCAUUCGUAAAGGGAGGGACUACUAUUCCUACUCUUAUUACCCGAAGCCAGUCAAUAUGGCCAAGGCCACCAUCAACUACCGCCAUGAAAAGACCCACAUGAUGAGUGCUGUGGACCGAAGCUUCACAGACCAGAGCACACUACAAGAGGAUGAGCGUCUAGGACUCUCCUUCAUGGAUGCCCAUAGCUACAGCACCAGGGGGGACCAACGAAGCAGUGUGGUCAAUGAAUCGAGCAGCCUGCUAGGGGGCUCCCCCCGGCGUCCCUGUGGCCGCAAGGGCUCCCCCUACCACACAGGGCAGUUGCACCCAGCUGUCCGAGUGGCUGAUUUGCUGCAGCAUAUUAACCAGAUGAAGACAGCUGAGGGCUAUGGCUUCAAACAGGAGUAUGAGAGUUUCUUUGAAGGCUGGGAUGCCACCAAGAAGAAGGAUAAGACCAAGGGCAGAACAGAACCUGUUCCCCCAUACGAUCGGCACCGAGUGAAGCUUCACCCACUUCUGGGAGACCCCAACGCAGACUACAUCAAUGCUAACUACAUCGAUAUUCGGAUAAAUCGAGAAGGCUACCACAGAUCAAACCACUUCAUAGCUACUCAAGGACCCAGGCAAGAGAUGGUAUACGACUUCUGGCGAAUGGUGUGGCAGGAGCACUGUUCCAGCAUCGUCAUGAUCACCAAGCUGGUGGAAGUGGGACGGGUGAAAUGUUCCCGAUACUGGCCUGAUGACUCAGAGAUGUACGGGGAUAUCAAGAUCACACUGGUGAAAACAGAGACUUUGGCAGAAUAUGCAGUCCGUACUUUCGCCAUGGAGAGGAGGGGCUACUCGGCCCGUCACGAGGUGCAGCAGUUCCAUUUCACUGCGUGGCCCGAGCAUGGGGUCCCCUACCACGCCACGGGGCUGCUGGCCUUCAUCCGCCGUGUCAAGGCGUCCACUCCGCCUGAUGCAGGGCCCAUUGUCAUCCACUGCAGUGCAGGCACAGGCCGGACGGGCUGCUACAUCGUCCUGGACGUGAUGCUGGAUAUGGCUGAAUGUGAGGGUGUCGUGGACAUCUACAACUGUGUCAAGACGCUGUGCUCUCGCCGCAUCAACAUGAUCCAGACAGAGGAGCAAUAUGUCUUCAUCCAUGAUGCAAUCCUGGAGGCCUGCCUGUGUGGGGAAACUACUAUCCCUGUCAAUGAAUUUAAGGCCACCUACAAAGAGAUGAUCCGAAUUGACCCGCAGAGCAACUCCUCCCAGCUGAGGGAUGAAUUUCAGACCCUUAAUUCAGUGACGCCCCCAUUAGACGUGGAGGAAUGUAGCAUCGCCCUCCUUCCCAGGAACCGGGAGAAAAACAGAAGCAUGGAUGUCCUGCCCCCUGACCGCUGCCUGCCCUUCCUCAUCUCCACCGAUGGGGACCCCAACAACUACAUCAAUGCAGCUUUGACCGAUAGUUACACCCAGAGUGCUGCCUUCAUCGUCACCCUGCAUCCGCUGCAGAGCACGACCCCUGACUUCUGGCGCCUGGUCUAUGAUUAUGGCUGCACUUCCAUCGUUAUGCUCAAUCAGCUGAACCAGUCCAAUUCGGCCUGGCCCUGUCCUCAGUACUGGCCAGAGCCUGGUCGCCAGCAGUAUGGCCCCAUGGAUGUGGAAUUUGUGUCAGGCACAGCAGAUGAUGAUCUCAUCGCUCGCCUCUUCCGAGUUCAAAACCUCACUCGGCUACAGGAAGGACAUCUGCUGGUACGACAUUUCCAGUUUCUGCGUUGGUCUGCAUACCGGGACACACCUGACUCCAAGAAGGCCUUCCUACACUUGCUGGCCGAGGUGGAGAAGUGGCAGGCAGAGAGUGGGGAGGGCCGGACCAUCGUGCACUGCCUGAAUGGAGGUGGUCGCAGUGGCACCUUCUGUGCCUCCACCACGGUCCUGGAGAUGAUUCGCUGCCAUAACCUGGUGGAUGUUUUCUUUGCUGCCAAGAUGUUGCGCAACUACAAGCCCAACAUGGUGGAAACCCUGGAGCAGUACCAUUUCUGCUAUGAUGUGGCCCUGGAAUAUCUGGAAUCACUGGAGACGAGAUAGCGUGAGAUGUGCUUACUCUUGGAGGGGAGGGGGCUGAUCCAGCAGGAGCUGGCCCUCCCAUCACCUGCCAUCCCACCUGCAAGUGAGAACCCUGGAAUGAGGGGAUGACCUGGUCACCCUUUGUCUGCCCUAGGCCACCCUGGCUCUGAUCUCAUCCUGUCCCCUCCCCUCUUAGGCAUAUCCCCCAUCCAGUGGCCCUUGGAGAAGUGCAAACGGGAGUCCCUGUAGAUAGGAUGUGGCACUCCCCUGAACUGGGGUUUUCUUCAUGUCAGUCCUGGUACCUGGGAAUAUUUUAGGGACCAAAUGGAGGGGCUGCUGGGGAUGGUGCUAAGUAUAGCCUCCCAGCCCUACUCCUAUUCAUAUGGGCCUAGUGAAAGGUCUUCAGUGCUAUUAGGAUGGGAACUUGGAGCAAAGGAGAUGCCCUAGAGAGCAUAUCAGGCUCUGUCAAAGCCUGGAGCAGUUGGUAGUUUGCAAACCACAUUGGAUCUUAGAGCCCACAAAGGAAAUGGGCAGUUGUUGACUGAGAGAGAGAGAGGGAGAGAGAGUUUAGAUCACCAGGAAAGAACCUUGAAGAGUUAUUGCAGCUGAGUCUUUCAGGGCUUGGGAGAUCUAAGGGAAGAAAACUGCUUGAAGGCUGGUGAAUAAGUGGAGCUAGGGAGUCCAGUCAGGUGCUGGGUUAAGAGGAGAGAGUCCUAGCUGUGACUCCCCCAUAAGGGAUACCCAUUGGUCUUCUCCAUCAAGGACUUGGCAGGCUCUGAUGGGUGAACACUAACUCUUCCCUUGUGUCUGAGAGGUCACGUUCUCUCUCUGCCCUCCUCCACCCUGGGGACCAGGGUGAGUCCACCCAGAUGAGUCAGUUCAUCUGGCACUGAUCUACUCCCCCUCACCUAUCCAGGCCAGUUUAUCCCUUUGGGUUACUCAUCUCCUGUAUCUCCCCCAGAAUGCUUUUUCAUGACCCAAGGGGGUACUGGCCCUGAAGCCCAAACUUUUUCCUGAACCAGAUGCCUGAACCAGGGGGUGCUGAGAGCUCCCUGACCAGUUUUCCCCCACCCCUGUGUCUCCAUCCCAGUGUCCUGAGAAUGAAAUUGAUUCAUUACCCUCUCCUCGCUCCUCCUUCAUUCAGAGUUUUGUCCUCGAGGGCCCAACUUGGCCCAUCCUAGGCGAGUGACAAUCUGCAAGACUAAGUUAUAGACAGCCAUGGGAAAUAGGAAGCCCAUGGACCCCAGGGGGUAUGCCCACUGAGGCUAGAGGGAAGCACCAAAGGGUGCUGGAUCACGAGAAAGUGGGUGUUUACUUGCAUGUCUGGGUGAUCCCAGGAGCAAGGAUGCAUACGUUCCUUUUCUUUUUUUCUUUGGCGGAUGGGCACAAGAAAGAUCUUUUCACAAUGGGGCAGGUCACAUCCCCAUUCUGUGCCUCAGUUUUCCCAUCUGUAAACUGUAGAUAUGACUGACCUACCUCGCAGGGGGCUGUGGGGAGUCACAAGCUGAUGUUUGUAAAUCGCUUUGUAAAUAAAAGAGCUCUCUGAAUGCCA